ACCGGAACUUGCAGAUACACAUAAUUAUGCCUGUCUAAGUGAUGCCAUAAUGACAGAAAAACAUACUUUACAACAGGAAAUAAUUAAGAUAGAAACUUUAAAACGCAACGAAUUUGGCGAAAAGGCGAAAAGUUGUAUUAAUCAAAAUGUUAAAAAAAUAGGUAUCAAUGGAGUGGUAUGUACUCCGAAUAAUAACAAAAAUCAAAAAAUUUCUCUGGCUGCUGUUCCAAGUUCAAGCAAAAGUAGUACUCCUAAUGAUGAUGAGAGAAAUAGAAUUUACGAAGCUACUAGUUCUCAAACUACACAAUUGAAAGAACUUGGAAAGGCGAGAAGAGAUUAUACUGAAAACGUCAUAAUAAAUGUACUUAAAAAAAAAAUAGCUGAAAUCUACUCGCAUAACCCGACGUAUCCUAGUCAUAGAAUUUGUGUUUUGAUAGCAAUAUGGGUUAGUCUAAAAACAACUUCAAACACGUCUUGUACAUAUUAUAGUGGUGUAUGUAAAGUGCAACUGUUAGGGAAUCUAGUCAAAAAUACUGUAAUGUACAGAAGAUUCAGCAACAAUUACUACCAAGUACCAGCAAACGACAUUGGUGAUCAAAUGCAAACACUAACUGCACAACUACAACAGAAUUUAAGUAUUCCACUUGAAUUAACACCUGAAAACGAAUGA